CGAUCGAUUAAUGUCUUCCGGUCUCCGCGGUUCUGAACAGCCCCCCAAGCAGUGGCGAAAGAUUGUCAUACUAUUUGGACCCCCAGGUGCCGGUAAGGGCACUCAAGGGCCCAAGAUGGAGGAAACUUACAAGAUCCCCCAGCUCUCGACCGGCGACAUGCUCCGGGCUGCCGUCGCUGCCGAGACCCCUAUUGGACUGAAGGCCAAGGAUGUGAUGGCCCGCGGCGAGCUCGUCAGCGAUGAGAUCGUCAUCGGGAUCAUCAAGGACAGGAUUCAGGAGAUAGAUGCCGGUUGGGGUUUCAUUCUCGAUGGCUUCCCGCGCACCGUUGAGCAAGCAACUGCGCUCGACGCCAUGCUCGCUGAAAACGGUGAGCGUGUUACCAAGGUCAUCGUUCUCGAUCUACCCGACUCUGUGCUCGAGGAGAGGAUUUGCGGUCGAUGGAUCCACAAGCCCAGUGGACGUUCUUAUCAUGUCAAGUUCAAUCCCCCGAAGUCUCUGCCCGCUGGCGCCGCCCCUGAUGCCACCAACAUGCUCGAUGACGUCACUGGUGAGCCUCUCAUACAGCGCCCUGAUGAUACUGCUGAGGCCCUCAAGACCAGGUUGUCCGCCUAUCAUUCGCAAACUGAGCCCAUUGUUGCGCACUAUGCCCCGACGAAGGUUGUCGAGCACGUGGAUGCCAACCAGGGUAUGGAAAAGGUUUGGGAGGAGAUCCAGACGGCUAUGAAAGCUUAAGCAUCUCUACUGUCGUUUCUUCUAGCUCA